AUGUCUGACAAAUGGAAAAAAGAAAACUCAUUGCAAGAGAUCAACCAAUCCGACUAUCUGUCAUGUGGAAAUGGAUCGAACCUAACAUGUGAUGACCAGUGGAACACCAGUCGAGGCUCAGGCCAGAGGUCAAUUGGGUCAGAUGUAUUUACAUAUGUCACGCCGGUAAUAUUUGCUGUAGGAAUAACCGGAAAUACUAUUUCCUUGUUAGUGUUUCUUACUAAGAACAUGAGGAAGUUAUCUGCAAGCGUAUAUCUUGCAGCACUAUCAACAGCUGAUAUCAUGGCUUUGAUAUUCUAUGUCCUUGUUGAGUGGAUUAGAAAAGGAAUACCAGUCGGUUCCGGACAGGUUACAGCUCCGUUUUUAGAAAGUAAUGGAGUAUGUCAAAUUAUUCUAUUUAUGUCGUAUUCGUUCCGUUUCCUUUCAGCUUGGCUUGUAGCAUGUUUUACAUUAGAAAGGUAUGUCGGAGUUUGUCAUCCUUUGAAACGGAAGGAUGUCUGUAAUCUACGUUCUUCAAAAAGAAUUGUUUUCUUUGCGAUCAUUGUUUCCUUUGUGAUAGCUUCAUUCCGACCAUGGCUGAGCGAAGUUCUUUAUGUAGGGCCCAAUAAUGUUCCAUCGUGUACUAGACGACUAGAACAUACAUACCUUUCAUUCAUUUAUGACUGUAUUUUUGUAGUGUGUAUCACCUUUCUUCCAUUCCUGAUUAUAACAAUACUGAAUACACUGAUCAUUCGGAAGUUAAUCAUUCGGAACAAAAGACACCGACAGGUGAAAAUUAUAACAGAGGAGAGUAUAAUUCGACUAGAAUUUACCAUCAUUUUAAUAACUAUAUCAGUUUGCUUCAUCGCUUUCAACACUCCAUAUGCCAUUGUAUGGUUUAAACAUUCUCUGCAAAUAAGUUCUAUGAGAAUGGAAGAUAGUGUAUACGUACCAACAAAUCAAAACUUGUUGAUUUUUACAAAAACAAUAUUUUUUUUGAAUUAUUGUAUUAACUUUUUCCUAUAUAGUAUAACGGGUGCUUACUUCCGCGAAGAACUUAAAAUGUUAUUCACAUAUAGAAGUAAAGUCUAUCAAAAUUAUCACCAAUGCCCCCUCCCUAAUUCUCGAGCAACAACUCCACAAUCGUGGGUUGUUGGAAGCAUGAAAAAUACGGUUCAAUGUUCAAUAAAAAUGUAUCAAUAA